CCUCGCGUGUAUUCCCUCUGUGUGCGGUCAGGUGACGCGCCGCUCGCACUUCCAUAGCGUCCUUCGUGGAGUCGACACGGAAAACAUAUAGCGACAUUUCGCGGAUUUUCAUACAUUCAGUGUUUAUCGGAGCCGCGGCGCAGUGGUCGCAGGAUGGGCUGCACGGCGCGUUUUAUUCUGUUGAUGUUCGCAGCAUCGACGCUCGCGGUCGAGGUGCCAUCAGACACAGGUACAGGACUGCUGGCAGAACCUCAGGUGGCAAUGUACUGCGGAAAACUCAACAUGCACAUCAAUGUUCAAUCCGGAAAAUGGGAACCUGAUCCAUCCGGAGCCAAGAGCUGCAUUGGAACAAAAGAGGGAAUUCUACAAUACUGCCAAGAGGUGUAUCCUGAGCUUCAGAUCACUAAUGUUGUGGAGGCGAAUCAGCCGGUGAGCAUCAGUGAUUGGUGCAAGAAAGGUCGCAAACAGUGUCGCAGUCACGUGCACAUCGUAGUGCCAUACCGCUGUCUGGUCGGAGAGUUUGUGAGCGAUGCUCUGCUGGUUCCUGAUAAGUGUAAGUUUUUACAUCAGGAGCGUAUGGACAUGUGUGAGAGUCACCUGCACUGGCACACCGUCGCCAAAGAGUCUUGCGGUGACCGUAGCAUGAAUCUCCAUGACUACGGGAUGCUGUUGCCAUGCGGUAUCGACCGUUUCCGUGGCGUCGAGUUCGUUUGCUGCCCUGCGGAGACAGAGAAGGAGUCGGACAGCGCUGCUGUUGGCGAAGAUGACUCAGAUGUGUGGUGGGGCGGUCCUGAGGCAGACUACACUGAGAACAGCGUGACCGCAGACACUGAGCCCGCUGCAGUUGAAGAUGAUGAAGAUGCUGAUGAAGAACAAGAGGUUCUGGACAAUGACCAGGAUGGAGACGAAAAUGAAGACGAGGACGAUGAGGUCGCAGUCGACGAACGCAGCGACAACCGGCAGAGCACCAGUGUUGCCAUGACGACCACCACAACCACCACCACCACAGAGUCAGUAGAGGAGGUGGUCAGAGAGGUUUGUUUUGCGAGCGCAGAGACAGGACCCUGCAGGGCGAUGUUGCCCCGCUGGUAUUUUGUGCGUGAGGAGGGCCGAUGUGCGCCCUUCAUCUAUGGAGGCUGUGGAGGAAACCGCAAUAACUUUGAAUCUGAGAAGUAUUGUGUGUCUGUCUGCGGUGGAUUGUUGCCCACACCUUCAUCCAGUCCUCCAGACGCUGUGGAUCGAUACCUGGAGACCCCUGCAGAUGAAAAUGAGCACUCACAUUUCCUUAAAGCCAAGGAGAGUUUGGAGGGCAGACAUCGUGAACGUAUGUCUCAGGUGAUGAGGGAAUGGGAAGAAGCUGAGAGACAAGCCAAGAGUCUGCCACGUAAUGACAAGAAGGCUGUGAUCCAGCGCUUUCAGGAGAAGGUUGAGGCGUUGGAGCAGGAGGCGGCCAGCGAGCGACAGCAGUUAGUAGAGACGCACAUGGCUCGUGUUGAGGCUUUACUCAAUGACAGACGUCGUCUGGCUCUGGAGAGUUAUCUCGCCGCCCUACAGGCAGAUCCACCCAGACCGUGGCACGUCUUCAGUCUGUUGAAGAAAUACGUGCGUACCGAGCAGAAGGACAGACAGCAUACGCUUAAACACUUUGAACACGUUCGCAUGGUCGACCCCAAGAAAGCGGCUCAGAUUCGUCCACAGGUGUUGACCCAUCUGCGUGUCAUUGAAGAGAGAAUGAAUCAGUCCCUCGGGCUGCUGUAUAAGGUACCGGGAGUCGCUGAUGAAAUUCAAGACCAAGUUGAGGUCCUGCAGCGAGAACAGAAGGAGAUGUUUGCUCAGCUGGCCAAUCUGCAGAGCGAUGUGAGGAUGAGUUACGGUAAUGAUGCCCUGAUGCCCGACAGCACCGCCGGUCUGGACCUGCUGCCUGCCGAGAACUCGCAAGGGUUCGGCUUCAUUCAUCCAGAGAGCUUCAAUCAACCUAACACACAGAACGAGGUUGAACCUGUAGAUGCUCGUCCUGUUCCUGACAGAGGCUUUCCGACCCGAGCAGUGUCUGGACUGAAGUCUGAAGACGUUCCUGAACUACGGAUGGAAGCACAGGAGAGACACAGUGAAGUUUACCAUCAGAAACUGGUCUUCUUUGCAGAAGAUGUGAGCUCUAAUAAAGGAGCUAUUAUUGGCCUGAUGGUCGGAGGAGUUGUCAUAGCAACCAUCAUCGUCAUCACUCUGAUGAUGUUGAGGAAGAAACAGUACACAUCCAUCCAUCACGGUAUCAUCGAGGUGGAUGCUGCUGUGACUCCAGAGGAACGUCACCUGUCAAAGAUGCAGCAGAACGGAUACGAGAACCCCACCUACAAGUUCUUUGAGCAGAUACAGAACUGAUGUUCUUCACACAUCAUACUCAUGUCUAGACAGUACAGAUAACAUCAGUAUCUUAACAGGCUGUGACCUUGAUGUUUGUUCCUGGCCAUUGUCAUUGUAUGUCAAACAAGACUCCUCCCACUGAUUAGAAAGUUGUAAGUGAAAUACGAUUCAAUUUGAUUUUUACAAUAUUUAUAUUCCGGAGCUGAAUGUAAAGUAAAUGUGGUAAAAAAGAUGGUAAUUGUGCGGUCAUCUCAUCUUUAAAGCCUGGUAAGAUACCGGUUUGUUUUCUGUACUGUCCUUCAUCACACUACUGAAUGAGUGAAACACUGGGAUAUAUUGAGGUCACCCUCAUCUUCCUCUCUCUCUCUCUCUUCAUCAUACACUGACUGCAGCUGUGCUGUGUUCGGUCAUUACAAAAAAUCACACAGAUUCUAGUGGUAAAAUUGAUGUCUUUAUGAAUGAGCAUUAUUUGAUUGUUUCUGGUAUGUUUUUCAGAAAAAGAAAAAGAAUUGUAAAAACAAAGAAACUUGCCAAAAAAAGAAAAAGUUUGUUUUCGUCCUGUCAAUAUUGAAGUAAUGCAAAAAGAAAAAACAUAAUUGUAAGUAUGUAGUGCAUGAUAGAAAAACUGAUGAGAAAAAAACUCUUCUGCUGUUUGGAUUUUGGGUCUUUUCUCAUGUAGAGACACUUUAGCAGGUUUAACAGUUAGUAAAUUGUGAAUAUGUGACUUGAGUUACACAAAAAAUGAUUGAACUAAAUUCUGCUUUGAUAUCAUUUAAAGACGAUUGAAGAGAUUCGUGCUUUUGUUUCUAUAUCUUAUUCUUUUUUAUGAUGACCAGCUGUGGUCAGCUGGCUGAAGCUGUUGAUGUACAUUUAUUAUUAUUAUUAUCUAUAAGUUCAGAUCUUUUUCUUCUGUCUAUUUCAGUGAUUUAUUUACUACUUCUUUAUUAUUUAAGUUUGACUUGUGCUUGUAUGUGUUUUAAAUGCGGGUGUUUGGGGUCACGGCGGGUGGGCGGGUUGAGGGGUAUCGAGGUGGGUCAUUCUGUGUAUGUUCUCUACUACAUUCAGAUGUUAGAUGUCUUUCUCCUCUUUGUCUCAUGUUUGUCUCCUGUUAUACAGCAGCAUUACUCGUGUGCUCUCACGCUCAGUUAUUCUCGCUCUCAGUGUUUGUUGCACGCGCAGCAAAUGAUAGAUUGAUUGUCAAAAGAAUGUGCUGAUCAUUUUCAAUUCCUUUAAAUGUAAAAAAAAUCACAUUCUUAUUUUCAAAAUGGUGAUAGUGUUUAUUGAACUGAAAUGAAUUUAUGCUGAUUUAUGAAAAGUAACCAGACAGGAGGACGAUGAUUACUGAGCGGGAGAGAUGUGAAUGUAAUGUGCAUGUUUUCUUCUGUCAUUUUUAUGCAAGGCAUCCUUAAGUAAUGCUUCAUUUUUUUAUCAAGUGUGAUUAUUUUUUUUAGUUUAUCUUUGUUGAAAUAUGAUUUGGAGAAUUGUGAGAUUAACUCGAAAGAAAGUUUUAAAAUCAAGAAUUUCUUUGUCUUGUAGACACACACAAAUCCUGUCGUCUUUCACUCGUCUCAUCCCUGCGUGUAGAGCUGUGUCAGAUCAUGGUUAUUAUGACAGACUGUCAAUAUUUAGUGAUUUAAUAUCAGUAUAUGUUUUAGAUCACACUGUAAGAGCUAUUCUCUCUUAAUAGUCAAGCAGUCUAAUGAAUGUCAAUCAAUGGUUUACAGGAUCAUCUCCACACAGAUUUACAUCAUCAGAUUGGUUUUCACAUCACAGAUAAAUGUCUUUUCAUUUUUUUUGGACUAUGGUUCAGCAGUGAGGUGUCUGGAUUUGUAUGUUUUUUUUAAUCAGAUCUGGAGUGGUUCUGUAUGAUAACUGGACUUUAAAUCUGCUGUUAAGAAAACCAAUGAGCUUUUUAUUUAGGUGACAUUUUUCUUCAUUUCUUUAUCAUUUGCUUUUACUGGAAAACAACAGUGCUUUCUACACUAUUCCAUAAAUAAAGUUUUGAAUGUA